CCGCAUUCCGCCUACGACUUUGCGGUGACUUCCAGAUACGGUAGUUCAGUUGGUCCGUACAUAGGUGCCCCUUAUCUACGCACUGCACGGCCCGUCCGACUACUUCUACCAUUACUACAUUCUUCACCUGCACCCCUGCAGCUGAUUCUUGCUCGAAAUCUUCAAGCCGCGCCGUUAUUACUUGCAUCAACACUCGCUGGCAAUAUGGCGGACAAACUGCCAGACCCGAUCAUGCCCCAAGCCGUCGCAGACCGACAACCUGUGGACGAUAACAUGUCUCUGCGCGACAUACAAAGAUCGAUGAAGAAGGAUCCAGACGGACAUGGCAUAAGUGCACUGGGCUACGAUGGUGUGCUUCGUACUUUUGACGACGAACGGAAUGUUCUUGACGCAGUUGGCCUCAACCCAACCCAGAUCAGAGAAUAUUACGAUGGUCUGCCGAUGCCCGAGAGGUUGCUCAGCGCCGACGGCCGUAACAUAUCCCUACGGGAUAUGUUCUGCCCCGAUGCGGAGAAUAUUCCCAGGAAAUUUACAGAGGAGGAUAAAGCCAAAACUCGGGCACAUAACGAGGAAUUAGAAAGGCGCGGAGUCUCAAGCUGUGUUCCGGGCAAAUCAGCAGACAACAGUGCGACGAAUCCUACAUAGUUC